ACCUGUCGACUUUCCUGUAACCAAACCCAUUUGGUUCCUGAUCCACGAUGGCUUUCAACGGCAAGUACGAAGUCGAGAGUCAGGAAAACUACGAGGAAUUCAUGAAGGUUUUGAAGUAUCCCAGUGACAUGAUUGAGAAAGGAAGGAACGCCAAGGUCAUCACAGAGGUCGUUCAGAAUGGCAGUGAGUUCACCUGGUCACAGAUCUACCCAGGGGGAAAAACCAUGAGAAACAAGUUUGUCAUUGGGCAAGAGUCAGAUAUGGAAACCAUGGAUGGCAAGAAGUUCAAGGCAACAGUCAAGAUGGACGGGAGUAAACUCGUUUGCGACUUUCCAAACUAUCACCACACUUCUGAGAUCGUAGGGGGCAAACUGGUCGAGAUCUCUGUUUGUGGUGGUGUGACUUACCAGAGAAUGAGCAAGAAAUUGGCAUAAGACAAGCACACAGCAUCGCUUUAACUCUUGGGAAGUGAGAAAUUAUUCUUAUUAUACACCUUAUUGCUAAUAAAGACCUGUGACCGC